UGAAGAUUGCCGGCGUGACCCCUGACCCCUGACUCUCUGACAUCCUUCCCUCCCUAAAAACCCCUAGCCUGACAUUUGACCUGCAAAUGAAACCUGACCUCUGACCUCAUACCAUAAGCCCCUCCCCAUCCUACAAUGACCUCACAAAGGUCACCAGCUUCUUGCCAACCCAAGACCCUUUGCAAUGGUCCAGUUGGCUCCAGCAAAUGCUGUCCCGUGCGCCAUGAUGGCCCUCACAGUCUUUGGGGCACCCACCUGGGCCUGCCUCUUCUGCUUCACAUCCUACAGUGAGCGCCUCCUUGUCUGCCAGACCUUCGUGGGCAUGGAGGGCCCCAAGCUCAAGAAGUGUGAGGAGGCGUUCACAGCUGCCUUUCAGCGCCUCCAGGACACCGAAAUCAACUAUGACGAGAGAAGCCACCUGCACGACUCCUUCACCCAGAUGACCCACUCCCUCCAAGAGGUGGCCACUGCCCAGGGGUCCUUUGAGGUGGCCUUCCUUGAUGCCGCGGACCAAAUGCGGAAGGUCAUUACACAGCUUAAAGAAGUCCCGGCCUGCAUCCCUCCCUGCGGACUCCAGGAGCUCUCCCGGCGUUUCCGCUGCCACGGGUGCUACUCCACGGUUUGCGACCUCCCGCUGGACUGCCCAGUUCAGGACGUGACAGUGAAUCGGGGAGAUCAGGCUAUGUUCUCUUGCACGGUGAACUUCCAGUUGCCAAAGGAGGAGAUCACCUAUUCCUGGAAGUUCGCAGGAGGAGGUGUCCGGACCCAGGACCUGGCCUUCUUCCGAGAGAUGCGGCGGGCCCAUGGAUACCUGGCCCGGAUCCGGCCCGUGCAGCCAACGCACCACGGGACCUUCUCGUGCGUGAUCUCGCACGAUCAGCGCCCCCUGGCGCGACUGUACUUCUUUCUUAAUGUGACUGGUCCGCCUCCGCGUGGGGAAACUGAGCUCCAGGUCUUAUUUCGGGAAGUGCUUCGUUGGGCGCCGCGGGAGACGAUCGAACACUGGAGGCCUAGCCUGGGCGAGCUGCUGGCCAAGCCUGGGGCUCUGACACUGAGCAACCAGUGCCUGCUCGCGGCCGCCGCCGCCUUUGCUUCAGCCGGUGUGACCCUGCUGGCGUGGAUGUUCUUUCGAUGGUACUUCAGUGGCAACUAAUAAAGGUAUCUUUCUCUUCCCUAUCCUAUCUCCAUUCCUAAAAUAAAGAAUGUAUUUUAGCUGUA